AUGCCACCCAUCCCAGAUGAGUCAGGCUGGUCUGAGCCACAGAGAGCGUCUGUAGGUGAGGUUGCGGGCAAGCGGGAGGCGGCAGCGAACGCUCUGCAGCACGCGCGGCCGCUCCUGGCCGGGGAAACGGAAGGCAGGAGGUUGCACCGCGUCCUACAAGUGGAAUCCAGCCCGGGUGGCCUCAAGCCCCUCGAUCCCUCCCCGGGCAGCUCAUCGUCUACCUCGCAGCAGCCGGGCUGCGCCCGGAGCCCACUCACCCUUAGCCAAAGGCGGCGCGGCGCCUUCGAGUUCUGCGGCACCCCGGGGACAGACGCAAGGCCCCGAGAAACCUGGGUGUUGCAAGUCUCAGGUCAGACUCCGAGGCGUCCCGGUCUAAAGAGGCGCUUUGUCUUUCACCUAAUUCAACAGACCCUGGAUUUCCCUGAGGGCGCAAUCCCGUCGGCGGAUCGCAGCCCUUCCCCGCCUCACCGUGCUUUCCCUGCGCUUCAAUCCAACCGGUCCCCCGCCCGACCGGUGGCUAUCCUCCGUCACCUCGUCGUCGUGGGCCUCCCUCUUGGGCCCCAAGAGGGGCCGCGGGAAUCUACAGCACCUCUGACACAACUCGCCGCCCGGCCUUUGCCCAGGCGCCGCGCCACCCGGCACGCACCAUGA